CGUGACCGAUGAUUCAUGGGAAGUCGAGUUCCUCCUCCUUCAUCUCUUAUAUUUAGCAUGUUAGCAUGUCAACAUACUAGCAUUUAAUAUGUCAGCGCAACACGCUAACGUUCAGCUGAGUCGCUGGCGUUGGAGGUGUCUUGUCGGGAUGUGAGGUGUUGGUGGCGCCAGAGGAAAAGUCCCCGUGGUUCAUCCUCUGGGGAUCAGAAACUCCGCUUCGAGCCGAUCCAUCCAGACCGCAGAAGAGCCGGACUGCAUCAUACAGGAGCCGAACGUCGCAAAGCGCUUUGUGAAAGAAACCCGACACGAAUACAGACGAAGAAGAAGAAGAAAACAGAAGAACUCAACCUCAGAGACUCCUUUAGUUUUAAUCCUGGAUCGAGGAUCGCCCAGCAGACCCUGACCAGAGGAGCUCAGAGACCUGCUGGUGAUACGGGGAGUUACGGCCCACGGGUUUACGUGUUGGUCCAGAGUCAGAACCUGGUCCAUAGUGGCUCCUGGACUUGGUAACAGAAGAGGAAAGAGAACCGAGAACCGUUGCCUUAGAGACGAGACUCGGGGGAGCAGAAAUAAGAGCUUCAGCGUCGAGCUGCAGGAAAGAGGAAGUCAUUUAAAGCCGACAGUUCAGCUGCAUUUCGAGGCUUAAAUGAGACGUUUAACUGAACAUCAUGAUGAUGUGAUGGGACACGUGUCCUGUUAUCUGUCCACGGGGAAGAGGACGUUACUGCCAGCUGGGCCGCAAAGGCCGACGGUUUUCAAAGUAAAAGCCCUCUUGUGGGUUGAGUUUGCUGUGACACACUGGCAGACUCUUCGGGAGCAGUUGUGUUUGUCAUAUUAACGUCUGCUGAGUGAUGAGACCAAACACCUGGGAGGAGGAAGAACUGCAGCACAGCCUCCGCUCUGCAGCUUUGGUUUCUUCCUCUUCAUCACUUCAGUUUCAGUGAACUCGACAUCUGCGAUGCUUUCAUUUCCCCUGAAAGCCAGUAUUAAAGAGCGGCUGAAACAACAGAAACAGGAGCAGAGAUGGGUUUGGGGAGGAAGCUGGACGUCCCGGUCUGCGAUCUGUCUCUGAUCAGAGGGAUCUGGGAGGUCCGAGUGAAGAAACACAGACAGAAACAGAAGAAGGAGCAGGAGAGGAUCGAGAAGAGUGCCCUCCCCAAGAUCGAGCAGCAGUGGCAGUAUCGCAUCUACUGUAAGACACUGAAGACCAAAGAACUGAACCUGCUGCACCAUUACCUGGAGAGAGCUACACUGACUGAUAUACGGCCGUACACAGAAGCAGACCAGCAGGAUCAGAGAGACCAGCAGGAUCAGAGAGACCAGCAGGAUCAGAAGGAUCCGCAGCAGAGCAAGCUGAUCUUCCAGCUGGACGGAGACCAUUGGACGGACUUCCCCAAGGAGCUGCAGUGGAUGACCUACCUGAAAGAGUGGCACGUCAGAGAGACCAAGAUCCGUCGGCUGCCCGACUACCUGGCUCUGUUCACCCAGCUCACCGUGCUCGAGAUCCCCAAAAACACCAUCGCCGAGCUGCCACCUGAGAUCGGUAAACUGACGGGUUUAAGAGAAUUAAAUGUCAACUACAACCGUCUGUCCAGAGUUCCUCCAGAGCUCGGAAACUGCGAGAACCUGGAGAGACUCGAACUCGCGGGAAACCACAACCUGUCCGAGCUGCCGUUUGAGCUGAGCGGCCUGAAGCAGCUGGUUCACCUGGACAUCGCGGAGAACAGGUUUGUGUCGAUCCCCAUCUGUGCUCUGAGGAUGAGCAGCCUGCAGCUGUUGGACCUGAGUAACAACAGUCUGACUGACCUGCCGCAGGACAUGGACAGGUUGGAGCAGCUGGUCACCCUGUUCGUCCAUAAGAACAACCUGUCUUACCUCCCUCACUGUCUCGCCAACAUCUCCACGCUCAAGAUGAUCGUCGUCAGCGGCGAUGAGCUCACCUGCAUCCCGACCAAACUGUGCAGCAACCCGGACAUCAAGUUUAUUCGACUGUACGACAACCCAGCGAGCGAAGAGAAGAAGAAGAAAGACGAGGAGAAGAAGAAGGAGAAGAACAAGAAGAAGAGGUGGAGAGAGCCGAGAGAGGAGGAGGUGAAGAAGGACAGCAGAGAGAAAGAGUUCAUCGAGGCGUACAUCAGCACGCUGGAGGACAGAGACACCGUCCCCUUCUCCACCACCAAGGUCUCCAUCUCCUGCCUGCUGUGAGGAAGAGGAGGAUGAAGAUGAAGAAGGUUGAGCUGACAAGAUAAUUUGAGGCAGCACUUUUCAAAGCUACACUAGAAAAGAUAAAAACAAAAACAAAACCACAAUAAAACAGUUUAAUUCAUAGAUAUAUUAGAAGAACUGUGUACAGGACUCAAAGAUGGCGCCCACUCACUUUUCUAGCUUCUGCAUCGUGCGGCCCACUGCACAUGCUCAGUAGUGUUUCCCCUGCUGGCCCCGCCCACGCGUGCCCAUUCGGUCCAAAGACUUUACUUUUGGACGCCAUGCAAAUAAAAAAAAAAAAAUCACUUUUCUAGGUUACAAAUAUAAAACCUUCAUCGUUUAUAAAUUCAAAACACAAAGAGUAAUAACUGAGCGUGUUUGCAGUUGGAGGCGUCCUGUCAACAGUUUUACAGACGUCUCUUUUAUAAUGAAGGUCUACGGGGAAAAUGAUUUAAUUAUAAUUAUUUAAUUAUAUAUUUUUUAGGUGCAGUACCACAAAUGACCACUGGGACAAAUUAGCAGCAGGGAUGAGUGGCGCCCACGGCCUGUGUCCAAAACCACUCCCUCGUUCAGUCACUCACUACUCCAUAUAACAGACCCGAUAGUGAGCCGUACGUUGAGAUUUCUAACACUUCAUCAUCAGUUAGCAUCUAUAAAAUGCAGCGCAUUGCAUUGUGGGAUUGUUAGCAAAAAGUAGUGUACAUGCUUUUAUUCCUGCUAAGGAAGCAAAAAUAGAUGAAAUGUUAGAAAUGACAAAAAUAAAAAUCCAAAGUCAAAAUUAUGAGACAGUAAAAAUGUUGACUUUUAAUGUCUGAAGUUUAAAGUCUCGUUUGAAAUUAUUCUGUAAUAGAGCUGAUAUGAGACCCAAGUUUCGGCAACAAAAAAAAAAAAAGACAUUUUUUAACACCUUAGAUUGAAAAAAUAAAUAACUUUUUCUUCAAAAGUUCUCAAAUGUUAAAUGUUGUCCAAACACAAGCAGCUGCACAAGAACUUUAAAUAAAAUAGUCGACACUUUUUUCGUUCCGUAGUAUAAUUUGUGAGGACUCUCUGUAUAUAUCAGGUACAUUUACACACUAUAUAUAGUAAACAGGGAGUGAUUUCGGACACAGCCAUGGUUUCAGUUCACCGAGCUAACAUGCUAAUGCUAGCUUGUUCUUAGCAUUGACUCACUGAGAAUAAAGAAUCAGGAAUACUUUGUGUUUUGUUGAAAUGUUGUCCAGAAGUUUCAGAGUACUGUGAUGUUUGAGUCACAAUUUUUUUUGUUACUCGAUUAGGGUUUUAUGGAAGUCAAAUUAUUUCCACAAUAAGAAAAUAAAGAUGAAAAGUUAAUAAUAAAAAAAGAUAAAUACUCAUGUAAAAAUUAGGAGAUAGUAAGUAAAAACGUUCACUUUCUGAAUUCAAAUAAUGAGAUUUAGUCAAAGUCUUGACUCUCUAAGUCAAAACAUUUUCAGCCUUAAAUUUGAGAUCAAAUAAAAUGAAAAAGGUCAAUAAAAAUGACUCACUAAAAUGGAAAUAUGAGAAGUCAAAAUCUAAAUUCUGGCACGUUAUCAUACUUUUGACAUAAAAAGUCAAAUUUUUACUCAGAAAUUUGACUUUUGAUUUUUAACAUUUCAUCAAUUUUUUUCUUUCCUUGGCAGGAAUGAACUUCCAUAUUUUAAUCUAAUGUGUGAAUGAGUGAAGUUAUUGUUUUUGAAACAGAACAAUAGUUUAAUUUAUUUUAUGGAUUGCUGUUGACUGAGUUACUGAAUAUUUUUUUUUUUUUUUAAAUUAUGUUAAAUUAUGAGUAUUUUCAAAUUAAUUUUUUGCGUUUCAAAAAUAACUUUUCAUUCCAAAAUCAGAUUUCUAACAUUUAAACAAUUUUUAUGCUUAUAUCAUUAUAUAUUAUUAUGACAUUAACUCAGACAUUGAAGUUCACUGCUUCAUUACAAGCCCUGUUUUCACAAACAGUCCCAUAUAACAGAUUUUACAAUUAAAUGUUGACAUUUGAAUAUCAGGUAUUUGAGGAUUAUUCUGAUGUGUUUUGGUCAGCGCGACGAUUUUAACGUUUUGUUUUCUCCUCGAACACGGAUGUAUUUUACGUUUGAAGGUGUGAAUGUCGUGACCAAACAGAGACGAGGCUGAUUUUAUACAUUUCAUUAAUAUUCUGCAGUGUAUUUAUUAUUUAUUAGACAAAGUUUGUGAAUUUGGUCAUUUUCUGUGUUGAAGUCGAGCUGCAACUGCAAACUUAGUAACAAAUGUCAAUAUACAGCAACAAGAUUUAUUUAAAAAAUCAAAUUAUGGAUUUAGAUUCAUUUCUGCAAUAAGUAAAAAUUAAAUUACUGUUAUUACAAACACACUCAGUGAUUUUACUUCCUGAUUCGGCGCUGACAGUUUCUUUCACUUUGUUUUUACUUUUAUAUUUGUAUUUAUUGUGUAACUGAUUUUUAUUGAAGCAGGUUUCUGUGCGACGCUUUGACCGAGAGGUGUGGUUGUGUGUUUUUAUUCUGACAUGCUUUUUUAUUUUAAUAAAUGUUGUUUGUGCAGA